AUGAACAUCGUUCAGUUGGCAUUGUGUUUUUCGCUUUUUCAAACCAUUUUUGGCAAUGAGAUCCAGUCCAAAUCAUUGUGGGAUGAAGAAACCCAGAAACCCAUAUACCACAUUCAGCGCAUCAACAUCUUUGGCUAUUCUCGUUACAUGAAGGUCUCGGCCUAUAAAAAUGCCAAUAAUAGCGCCUUCAGUCUCAAUGUGGUCCUGCAACAGGAAAUGGGUAGUAAUUUCCUGAUCAUGAAUCUGAAACUUAGAGUAAGGCCAGCUGAAGGUACUACCUUCAUAACCCUGCUCCAGUUGAGGAAUCUGGAUUUAUGCGGUUUCUUCACCGAGUAUUUCAGCAGCAACAUGAUGAGGUAUUUCCUGAAGUCGGAAAUGCAGUUUAGCGAUGUUAUCACAUGUCCUGUUCGAGUGGGAAACUACUCACUGAAUAAUGUGUCAGCCAAGGAUAUUUAUCCACCGAAUGUUCAGAAUGGCACUUAUAAGUUCUUCGUGGAAGUUGUCGAGGGCACCGGAGAGAUAGCGAAAGUUUUCGCUCUACAGGUGACCACAGAAAUCCGGGUUCCAAUUGGCUCGACAUAAUGUGAACGA